CUUCGCUCCGAGCCUCGCACUUCUUUUCUUUGCGAUGGGAUUGCGAGACGUGCGUCCCUUGGACCCGCCCACCACCCGGGCAUGCAGCCGAAGCGCCGCCCACGCUCGCCCGUGUCGAUGUACGUCGCCUUCGACGGCCCCCGAGCGCCGCCACCCCGCCCGCUCCCGCCUUUAAAUCGGAAAUCGUCCCAACGAGCGAAGGACGAGCCGCAGUCGCCGACGUCGCCGGUGUCCGCGUUCUUCCGCCUUGGAAGAAAGAAGAGCACGGGCUCCUCUGUGUCUACGUCGAGCAGGAGCACGGGCAGCGGCCCGCCUCCGAUGCCAGCGAUGAACAAGCCCCUCCCGCCGUUUCCCCCGCCCGCGCUGCCGGCGCCGCUGGGCCAGUGGGCAAGGAGAGGUCCCAGAGCACCAGCAAUUAAUGUGGAUGAGCUGGAUGUGCAUGAUGUCGUGGCGAUGGCAAAGGGGAGAGAGAUGGGAAGGGUGGUGACGGCGGAUGAUGACAACGAGGAGCUGGAGGAGAUGGCGUUCGCGGUGCCUGGAAGGAACGCUUCGCCCGAUGAGGAGCGGACAGACGACGAGUCAGAGUUAGAGGAGAUCACGUUUGCCGUCCGGAGGCGCAUGGGCUCCCCGGGAUCCCCAUCGAGUGCCCCGGCGUCUAUCCCUAGCACCAGCGAGGACGAGGAGAUGGAAGACAUCACGUUUGCGCAUCCGCGAAGCUCCUCUGCCGCGUCAAUGGACUCGUUGGGGCCGAUAAUGUUCGCCAAUCCCGCAUCCCCGACCGAUGAAGACAACGACCGCCCACUGGAGCCCAUCACAUUCGCCCAUUCCAACUCCAACUCUCCUUCGCAUUCGCCCUCACUAGUGGAAGACGACUCGAUAAUCUUCGGCUGGCCGCCACGAUCUCCCUCCCCCUCCGAUGAUCACGAUGACUUAGACCACGGCAUGACCUUCGCCCCGCGCAACUCUCUCUUCUCUCUGGACUUCGACGCGCUGGAUCUUCCCGUUCCCACUGCCCCCUGGCAUCUACAGCGCGCCUCUUCCACCAUCACGAUCAGCACGAUCGCGUUCGGCGGGAUCUCGCCUGUGUCCUCUACCGCCAGCCUUCCCCUCCCCCGCGCCGACUCACUCUCCCUGCUCUCCCACCGCCGAUCGCUCUCAGCUUCCCCUGCUUUCGUGCGCUCGUUCUCCCCCGAUAGCCCGCAGUGGCGCCCGCCCAGCCUCGGCCCGUCGUUCUCGCCUUCUCCUGGGCCGUCGCCAUCGCCCUACUCGGCCCACCGCCUGCCCGCCGAGCUCCGCUGGCUCGACCUCAACGCGGAGUCUAGCUCGGACGACGACGCCCAGUCGGGCCAGGACCUCGGCGCGUGGCGGCUCACGCCCGAGCCAAUCGCGAUCACGGUGGACCACCAACAAGGCGCCGGGUCCGUGCGCGUGCGCGCGGAGAAGCGGGACUCGGGGAAGGUGUUGGGCGAGUGGACGGUGAUGGCGAUUUGA